AUGUGGAUGUGGUGUCACAAUGAAUCGCCUAGCAACCAUGGCGAGUUAGUAAACAUUCUAGUGCGACAAACAAGGGGAUACAAUUUGGCGGCAAGAGCAUGUGUUUAGCAUCCUCAACAUUGUAACAUUUCCAGCUUUUAUAAUGCCACUAACGAGAGAUCCCUUUCCUUUUCCUAAAACUGAGAACGACUACUCAUUGACUGGGGCAAGGCAAUGUCAGAAAGAGCCAUUUGAUAAACCAACUCAUAUAGCUCAAAAUGACGAACCGUGGAGUUGUCUAAAUGACAGGGCUACUCUAGCCAGCAUCAGAAGGAAUGUCCGGUAUCAUGACCGGCAGGCACCUAAAGACAGCCUAGACUUCCAUCUGAAAUCAACCUAUGACCACCACCAGGAGUUCCUCAGUAGUAAGAACCAGACCUUAUACCAGAGGGAGACUUUUACUGACGACCAUGGGAGGACUCUGAAGAACCGUGGAAAACAUGAAGCGCCCUUGUGUGAAACCAAGAAAGAAGUCAAAGUAUGGAUGAACUCACAGAAGUCUUCCAUCUACAGCAUUGAGGGAACAAUAGAAUCUCAUCACAAUGCCUCUACUAACAGGGGAUACUCCAGGAAGCACGAUGGGGGAUUCUACUCCACCUAAUAAUACUGUCACACAACUCACUCAGUGGGCAAUGGACAUCACUCAACUUCCAGUGAACUACCCCCUACACAAGAUCAUUACUAUAUUUAAGUAUUCAAGUCACUGAAACAUCUUAAAAUAUAAGCAUUCCUUAACUUUGACAGCAUAUUGUUGAGUGGUGGUUGCAUUUUCAGCACACGAGCCAACAGUUGUGUGAAUGAACCUUAUAACAUCAAAAUGUUUGUUUGCACAUUGAUCAAAUGUUUGUUUGUUGCCACCCAGGCUUUUUUAUUUUAAUGGGGAAGCAGAAGAGCCACUGAAUUUCUGCUAUAAAACUAACCUGGCACACGUGUUUCCCUUCUCUCCAUAAACGCUCACUACUUUUGUCCUUAACCCCAAUAUCUGGCUAAAAUAAAUGUGAUCUAGCAUGCCUGGACAAGGGUUGGCUGGCGAGCUAGCCAGAAAACGUUGGCUAAGUAGCUAGCCACCUACAACAGUGUUAAUUAUCGUCCCAGGGGAACAAUUUAAAAAUGUAUAGCAGAUCAGAAUCGCUGUUAUACUCAUUAGCCAGUGUGGAGAAUGAGGUAAAACUACAAAUCUCCUCGGAUCUAGUAUAUCUGAUCGAGUCAUCACUUCUGACCAAAAUGUAUUGUAGAGCCCUGAAGUUCAUGGAAGCUUCAUGCUCAUUGCCUCAGGAGCUCGCAUGUCGGGUAUUAUCAUUUCAGAAUUGGGGCAUGGUCAAACCCCAACCAAAUCAAACCAGAUCACUGUGUAGAACUAUAAACAAUCACACACUCAUUCAGUCGUACAGGCACACAAAACGCACAUACAUACCAUCAUUCAAACAAAACUGACCGUACCACCACGUUGUUGAAUUUAUAGAGCGCAGAGAAUCAUGGGAACUCUCGGAGGAAAGAAAGGUUGGAGUAAAAGAAUAGCGUGCCCUCGUGUGGUCAUCAAUGGUAAUGUGGGCAUGCCUUGUAAUGAGUAGGCCUACAUUUGCUUGUUUAUAAUAAACCACACAACAUACAGAGUACCAGUCAACAUUUUGCACACACCUACUCAUUCAAGGGUUUUUCUUUAUGGAAUCAUGUAGUAACCAAAAAAGUGUUAAACAAAUCAAAAUAGAUUUUAGAUUCUUCAAAGUAGCCACCCUUUGCCUUGAUGACAGAUUUGCACUCUUGACAUUCUCUCAACCAGCUUCAUGAGGUAGUCACCUGGAAUGAAUUUCAAUUAACAUCAGUGUCUUCUUAAAAGUUAAUUUGUGGAAUUUCUUUCCUUCUUAAUGCGUUUGAGCCAAUCAGUUGUGUUGUGACAAGGUAGGGGUGGUAUACAGAUGAUGACCCUAUUUGGUAAAAGACCAAGUCCAUAUUAUGGUUCAAAUAUGCAAAGAGAAACGACAGUCCAUCAUUGCCUUAAGACAUGAAGUUCAGUCAAUCUGGAAAAUGUCAAGAACUUUUAAAGUUUCCUCAAGUACAGUAGCCUUCGUUAAAUUUUUUUUAUGUAUUUUGAUUAUUUUCUACAUUGUAGAAUAAUAGUGAUGACAUUAAAACUAUGAAAUAACACUUUUUUGGUUACUUCAUGAUUCCAUGUGUUAUUUCAUAGCUUUGAUGUCAUCACUAUUCUUCAACAAU